GGCGCUAGCCGGCCCGGGCUUCGGCUGCCCAAGUUCCCGGGGGAAGCCCUGUUGCCAGGUUGAGUUUUCACGCCUCCUCCAGAGCGCAGAUUGUCCGAAAUGAAGGCGCCACCUCUGGCGCCCAGGCCAAGACCCGCCCCUCCAGACUCCAAGUACUCUCAGGUCCUCCCUCCCUCUGCUUCUUAUCUUUGCGGUAGCCCCCUCCCAGUCUCUUCUCGGUCUUGCUCCUCUCGAGACCCACUUUCCCCGGGACUCACCCACUUCCUGCACCUGCAGUUGCUGCCCCAGAGUUGAUACCCACGGCGCUGACCCCCAGGGAGCCCACCCAUUCAGUUCAGAGUUCAGGAGAAGGCCAAAUACCCCGCAACUGGAGCUCAAUCCAGGCAGCGGGAUGCAGAACUGUGGAGGCGGCCCCGUCGGGGGUGUCGGGAGCGUCGGGACCCGUAGAGCCUUCGACAGUAUCUGUCCCAAUAGGAUGCUGGAUCUGUCCAGCCGGCAGCUCAGGAAACCCGGGAAGUUGGAGAAGAAGUUCGCGCCCCCGCGGAAGUUCUUUGGGAGUAGCAGUCCCAUCUCUGUUUACACUGACCCCCCGGAGGCGGAGCUGGCAGGUUUGCCAGCCCUGACUACAAUUGACUGGCAGGAUUUCGCGGACUGUUGCUCUCUACUCCACCAGGGGAGCUCUCCCAGUUGUGAUGCUGCGAUUUCACAGAACCACGGACCCCAAACAGAACCUGAAUUCGAUCUGCAGGAUUUCAGGGAUGCAGUGGAUAACCUCAUAUCAGACCCAUCAUCUUUGAUGUCAUCUCCCAUGGGUCCUGAGGACUUUUCCUUCCCUUCCUGCGACGUUUCACCCUUUGGUUCCUGCAUUUCUCCCAGACCGGAGCACCCUAUGCCUCCUGUGAGCAUUCAGGAUGUUCCUCAUCCUGAACAGUACUGGAAGGAAGUGGCCGACCAGAACCAGAAAGCCCUGGGAGAUGCCCUGGUAGAAAAUAAUCAACUGCACGUGACACUGACCCAGAAGCAGGAGGAGAUUGCAUCCUUGAAGGAAAGGAACAUUCAGUUGAAGGAGCUGGCCAGCCGGACUCGACACCUGGCUUCUGUCCUUGAUAAACUGAUGAUCACCCAGGCCCAGGAUUGUCUGGCGGCCCCGGAACCCUUCCUGCUCAAAGCCUCGGCCAAGAGGAGCCUGGAGGAGCUGCUCACCGCCAGCGGCCAGGAUGGCGCCGAGGUGGAUGCAAUGCUGCGGGCGAUCUCGGAGCAGUGCGACGCGGCUCUGCAGAGUCGGGACACUAAGCGGCCCAGGCUGCAGCCGGGAGCCCCGGACACAGACUCUACUCCGGCGGUGCCCCUGCACGGAGCCUUCCGCGGUCUGCAGGCAGACCUUCCGCAGAGAUCCCUGAACCUGAGCCAUAGCGAGCUGGAGGACGGCGACUCCUUCAGCACCCCUAUUCGCGACCACAGCACCAUCCGUACUCUGGCGUUCCCCCAGGGCAAUGCCUUUACUAUACGGACCGCCAGCGGGGGCUACAAAUUCCGCUGGGUUCCUAGCUGAGCUCGGGAAAAGAAAGGGCCUCCGUUUUGUACAGUUUUAACCGCCCUCUGUCUGACACCGGGACGCAUGCCUGCGCGAGCACAGUGUUUUGUGCUGCGCCUGUCUCGAAAACCUCACCUUUGGCGAAGACCUCUGUCUAUCCUACCCGGCCAAUGCAUCCCUCUUCCAGUCUCGGGGAUUUUGUUGUUGGGAAAUAAAUCAGCUUGUGGGAAUACACUUUUAUUUCAAAAUCUAGUAGAAAAUACGGUAGUAUACCAGCUCCCCCUUUUAAAAGGGGCGGGGGAAGGGGAACAGGAUCCAAAGAUGUAGUGCCAUCACUUUUUAAAUCCCGCAUUAUUCUGAACGAGAAUCAUAGGUAUUUCUUUUUCUUUCUUUUUUUUUAAAUUUCAGUUUAUUUAUUUAUUUUUGGUUACAAUACUUAGUUUAUUUCCCUCCUUCCCCUCCACCCACCCUUCCCGCAGCCCACACGCAAUUUCACUGGGUAUUACUUGUGUCCUUGAUCAGAACCCAUUUCCAUGUUGGUCUUUGCACUAGGAUGUUCAUUUAGAGUCUACAUCCCCAACCAUAUGCCUUCAACCCAUGUAUUCAAGCAGUUGAUUUUCUUCUGUGUUUCUACUCCCACAGUGUUUCUUCUGAAUGUGGAUAGUGUUCUUUUUCAUAGGUUCCUCCAAGUUGUUCAGGGUCACUGCAUUGCCACUAAUGGAGAAGUCCAUUAUGUUUGAUUGUACCACAGUGUAUCAGUCUCUGUGUAUGAUGUUCUCCUGGUUCUGCUCCUCUCACUCUGCAUCACUUCUUGGAGGUUGUUCCAGUCUCCAUGGAAUUCCUCCACUUUAUUAUUCCUUUUUGCACAAUAGUAUUCCAUCACCAACAGAUACCACAAUGUGUUCAGCCAUUCCCCAAUUGAAGGGCAUCCCCUCAUUUUCCAUUUUUUUUUUGCCACCACAAAGAGAGCAGUUAUGAAUAUUCUUGUACUUGUAUUUUUCCUUAUUAUCUCUUUGGAGUACAAACCCAGCAGUGCUAUGGCUGGAUCAAAGGGCAGACAGUCUCUUAUCUCCCUUUGGGCAUAGUUCCAAAUUGCCCUCCAGAAUGGUUGGAUCAAUUCACAACUCCACCAGCAGUGAAUUAAUGUCCCAACUUUGCCACACCCCCUCCAGCAUUCAUUACUUUCCUUUGCUGUCAUGUUAGCUAAUCUGCUAGGUGUGAGGUGAUACUUCAGAGUUGUUUUGAUUUGCAUCUCUCUGAUUAUUAAAGAUUUAGAACACUUUUUCAUGUGCUUAUUAAUAAUUUUGAUUUCUUUAACUGAAAAUUGCCUAUUCAUAUCCCUUGCCCAUUUAUCAAUUGGAGAAUGGCUCAAUUCUUUGUACUUUUUGAUUGGUUUACCUCUUUAUAAAUUUGAGUAAUUAGACCUUUGUCAGAGGUUUUUGUAAUGAAGAUUGUUUCCCAAUUUGUUGCUUCCCUUCUAAUUUUGGAUACAUUAGUUUUGUUUGUACAAAACCUUUUUAAUUUGAUGUAAUCAAAACUAUUGAUUUUACAUUUUGUUAUUUCUUCUAGCUCUUACUUGGUUUUAAAGUCUUUCCUUUCCCAAAGAUCUGACAAGUAUACUAUUCUGUAUUUGUCUAAUCUGCUUAUAGUUUCCUUCUUUAUAUUCAGGUCAUUCACUCAUUCUGAGUUUAUCUUGGUGUAGGGUGUGAGAUAUUGAUCCAAACCUAAUCUCUCCCAUACUGUCUUUCAAUUUUCCCAGCAGUUUUUAUCAAAUAAUGAGUUUUGAUCCCCAAAAGCUGGGAUCUUUGGGCUUAUCAUAGACUAUCUUGCUGACAUCAUUCACCCCAAGUCUCUUCUGCUGAUCCUCCUUGCUGUCUCUUAGCCAGUACCAAAUUAUUUUGAUGACCACUGCUUUAUAGUAUAGUUUGAGAUCUGGGACUGCAAGUUCUCCUUCCUUUGCAUUUUUUUUUCAUGAUUUCCCUGCAUAUCCUUGAUUGUUUGUUCUUCCAAAUGAACUUCGUUAAGGUUUUUUUUAAUUCAGUAAAAAAGUUUUUUGGUAGUUCAAUGGGUAUGGCACUAAAUAAGUAAAUUAACUUGGGCAGGAUUGUCUUUUUUAUUAUGUUAGCUUGUCCUACCCAUGAGCAAUCAAUGUUUCUCUAAUUGUUUAGAUCUAGUUUUAAUUGUGUGGAGAGUGUUUUGUAGCUGUGUUCAUAUAGUUCCUGUGUUUGUCUUGGCAGAUAGAUUCCUUAGUAUUUUAUAUUGUCUAGGGUGAUUUUAAAUGGAAUUUCUCUUUCUAAUUCUUGCUGCUGAAAUGGGUUGGAGAUAUAUAGAAAUGAUGAUGACUUAUGCAGGUUUAUUUUGUAUCCUGAGAUUUUGCUAAAGUUGUUGAUUAUUUCAACUAGCUUUUUGGUUGAUUCUCUAGGAUUCUUUAAGUAGACCAUCAUAUCAUUCGCAAAGAGUGAUAGCUUGGUCUCCUCAUGGCCAAUUUUAAUACCUUCAAUUUCUUUUUCUUCUCUAAUUGCUACUGUUAGUGUUUCUAGUACAAUGUUAAAUAAUAGAGGUGAUAAUGGGCAUCCUUGUUUCACUCCUGAUCUUAUUGGGAAGGCUUCUAGUUUGUCCCCAUUGCAGAUGAUGUUUGCUGAUGGUUUUAGAUAUAUCCUGUUUAUUAUUUUUAGGAAAGGCCCUUCUAUUCCUAUACUUUCUAGUGUUUUCAAUAGGAAUGGGUGUUGUAUUUUAUCAAAGGACUUUUCUGCAUCUAUUGAGAUAAUCAUGUGAUUUUUGUAGGUUUUCUUGUUAAUAUAGUCAAUUAUGUGGAUGGUUUUCCUAAUAUUGAACCAUCCUCGCAUUCCUGGUAUAAGUCACACCUGGUCAUAAUGAACAACCCUUGUGAUGACUUGUUGGAGUCUUUUUGCUAGUAUCCUAUUUAAGAUUUUUGCAUCUAUAUUCAUUAAGGAGAUUGGUCUAUAGUUUUCUUUCUCUGUUUUUGACCUGGCUGGUUUUGGGAUCAGUACCAUAUUUGUGUCAUAAAAUGAAUUUGGUAGAACUCCUUCUUUGCUUAUUCUGUCAAAUAGUUUGUAUAAUAUUGGGAUUAGUUGUUCUUUGAAUGUUGGAUAGAAUUCAUUUGUGAAUCCAUCUGGACCUGGGGAUUUUUUCUUAGGGAGUUCUUUGAUGGCUUGUUCAAUUUGUUUUUCUGAUAUGGGGUUGUUUAGGUAGUCUAUUUCUUCCUCUGUUAGUCCAGGCAAUUUAUAUUUUUGUAAGUAUUCAUCCAUGUCACCUAGAUUGCCAUAUUUGUUGCCAUAUAAUUGGGUAUAAUAGUUUUUAAUGAUUGCCUUCAUUUCCUCUUCAUUAGAGGUGAGGUCUCCUUUUCAUCUUGGAUACUGUCAAUUUGGUUUUCUUAUUUCCUUUUUUUAGUUAGACUGACCAGUACUUUGUCUAUUUUAUUUGUUUUUUCAAAGUACCAGCUUCUAGUCUUAUUUAUUAAAUCAAUAGUUAUUUGACUUACAAUUUUAUUAAUUUCUCCUUUGAUUUUUAGAAUCUCUAAUUUAGUCUUCAUUGAGGAUUUUUAAUUUGUUCAAUUUCUAGUUUUUUUAAUUUGCAGACCCAAUUCAUUGACCUCUGCCCUCCCCAAUUUGUUAAUAUAUGAACUCAAGGAUAUAAAUUUGCCCCUAAGUACUGCUUUGGCUGCAUCCUAUAGGUUUUGAAAGAAUGCCUCAUCAUUGCCAUUUUUUCCAAUGAAAGUAUUAAUUGUUUCUAUUAUUUGUUCUCUAACUGGUUUGGGAGAAUCAUAUUGUUUAAUUUUUAAUUAAUUUUUGACUUACCUCUCAAUGUACCCUUACUAAUUAUUAUGUUCUUUGCACUGUGAUCUGAGAAGGUUGCAUUUAUUUUUUCUGCUCUUUUGCACUUGUUUGCAAUGUUUUUAUGCCCUAAUACAUGGUCAAUUUUUGUGAAAGUACCAUGUGCUGCUGAAAAGAAGGUGUAUUCCUUUUUGUCCCUAUUUAUUUUUCUCCAUGUAUCUACUAACUCUAAUUUUUCUAAGAUUUCAUUCACUUCUCUUACUUCUUUCUUAUUUAUUUUUUGGUUUGAUUUAUCUAGUUUGGAUAGAGGAAGGUUCAGGUCUUUCACUAGUAUAGUUUUUCUAUCUAUUUCAUCCCUGAGUUCCACUAGUUUCUCCUUUAGAAAUUUGGAUGCUAUGCGAUUUGGCGCAUACAUGUUGAGUACUGAUAUUUCCUCAUUGUCUAUACAGCCUUUUAUCCGGACGUAAUUACCUUCCCUAUCUCUUUUAGCUAGAUAUAUUUUUACUUUGGCUUUGUUUGAUAUCAUGAUUGCGACUCCUGCCUUCUUUUUAUCAGUUGAUGCCCAAUAGAUUUGGCUCCACCUUCUUACUUUCACCCAAUGUGUAUCUACCUUCCUCAUGUGUGUUUCUUGUAGACAGCAUAUGGUAGGGUUUUGGAUUCUUAUCCACUCUGCUAUUCGCUUGCAUUUUAUGGGUGAGUUCAUUCCAUUCACAUUCAGAGUUAUGAUUACCAGAUGUGUAUUUCCCAGCUUUUUGAUUUCUACUCCUAGUCCUGCCUUUUCUUUUUCACUAUUUCCUUCUACACCAAUGUUUGUUUUUAAUCAGUCCCCCUAGUUCCCACCCUUAUUUUACUUCCCUUUCUACUCCCUCCCUUCUUAUUCCCCCCCUAAUUUUCUUUGCAGUCUUUUUAAAACUUGCCCCCCACCUUCUCCCUUCCUUGUACUGCUUCCCUCCCCACCAGUCCAUUUGUUACCCUUCUAUUCCCCUAUAGGGCACAAAUGUAUUCUUUGCCCCAAUGGAUUGGAUUGUUCUUCCCUCUUUGGGUCAGUUUCAAUGCAUAUAAGAGUUGAGUAUUUCCUAUCUCCAACCUCUUUACCCUUCCAGUGUAUUGAUGUUCUCCCCCCUCCCACCAUGAACUUUUUUGUGACAUAUAAAUUUACCCCCUUUUGUUUCUUUUCCCAUUUCUUUUAGUAUUAACCUCUUUUUAGCUCUAAUUGUAUAUAUAUGUACACAUAUGUGUAUUUAUGCAUACAUAUAUCUAUAUACCUAUUUAUGUCUUGUUAUUUCAUCCUAUACAGUUUGUCACUGUUCCUUUUAAGUGUAAUUCUUCUAGCUGCCCAGAUGAUGCCAACAGUUUUUAAGAGUUACCAAUGAUCUCUUUUCUUAUAGGGAUACAUAUCAUUUUAACUUAUUGAGUCUCUUAAAAAAGUGUUUGUUUUGUUUUGUUUUUCUUUUUUCCCUCUUUUUAAAAUUAGCUUUUGAUGGUUCUCUUGAGUUCAUCAAAUUUUCUGUUCAGAUCAGGUCUUUUCUUUACAAAUUCUUGGAAUUCUUCUAUAUUUUUGAAUGACCAUACUUUCCCCUGUAAGAAUAUAGUCAGUUUUGCUGGGUAGUUGAUUCUUGGUUGUACACCUAGUUCCCUUGCUUUCCAGAAUAUCAUAUUCCAUGCCUUUGGGUGCUUCAGUGUAGAUGCAGCCAGAUCCUGUGUUAUCCUCACUGUGGUUCCAUGGUAUCUGAAUGACUUCUUCUUGGCAUCUUGUAAUAUUUUUUCUUCAGUCUGAUAGUUCUUGAAUUUGACUAUAACAUUCUUGGGUGUUGUCAGUUGGGGAUUAAGUACAGGAGGUGAUCUGUGGAUUCUAUCAAUCUCCACUUUUCCCUCUUGUUCUAGAAUAUCGGUGUAGUUUUCUUGGAAAAAUUCCUGUAGUAUUAUGUCCAGCCUUUUUCUUUUGUCAUGGUCUUCUGGUAGACCAAUGAUUCUUAAAUUGUCUCUCCUCGAAUGAUUUUCUAAAUCCUCUGUUUUGUGAAUGACAUGCUUCAUAUUUUCCUCAAAUUUUUUUUCAUUCUUUUGGUUGUUUUAUAGUGUCCUGCUGCCUUGUGAGGUCACUUAAUUCUAGUUGUUGUAUUCUGGUUCUUAAAGACUGGAUUUCAUCCCUGGCUUUUUGGUCAUCCUUCUCCUUCUGGUCUGAUUUUUCUUUGGAGGUUAUCUUUCAUACUCUUUACCUCAUCUCUCAUCUCCUUUGCCUCAUCUUUCAUCUCCUUUACCUCAUUUUGAAGCUGGUUGAUUUUGGCUUUCAAGACACUAUUUUCUGUUUCCAGAUGACUUAUCUCAGUUUUUAAGUUCUUUUCCCAGUUGUCUUCAGUCUCUCUUAAUUGUGUUUUGAAUUGCAUUUCGAGUUCUUCUAAUGCUUGUAUCCAAUUUGCCGGUAUUUCUGAUUUAUCGUUUGCUGAUCCCUCCCCCUCUGUUCUGUUUGCUCUUUGCUCAUUGUCUGUACAGAAGCUGUCUAUUGUAAUUUCUUUAUUCUUUUUCUGUUGUUUGCUCAUAUUUAUCCCUUCUUCACUCCUUGUAUUUGUCUGUGUUCUUGCUCCUCUCAUUUUUUUGUUUUUGGGAGUUUCUGUCAGUCUCUCAUCUUGGAGCUUUGACAGAAGAUCUCUUCCUGCAGUCUGUGGGAGAGGGGUGUUGGAGUUUGAGCUUCCCUGUCCUCUGGAGGUUUUUAAUUGGAUUAAAUUAAAGUUCAGCAGUCUGUGAGGGAGGGGUGUUAGAGUUUGGGCUUCCCUCACCUCUGAAGACUUUUGAUGGGAUUAAAUUCAGCUGGGUUGGGCUGGAUGUGCUCUGAGGCCAAAACCUCUUGGAAGGCAUGAGCAUAUGGAUGGUCUCUGCCGCUGUGACCAGGCUGCCUGUUCUUCACUUCCUCUCCAGCUCCUUCCCUGCUGCCUGCAUUCAAUGCUCUGAGCCUGGCACAGCCCUGCCUGCAAGGUAUUCCCUCCAGACCAGAGCCUUUGCCAGCCCAGAGGUGUAGUGCUCUAGGAGGGGAAUAGUCCUGGGACUUUCCUUCUGCCUUCCCCUUAAACCCAAGUGUUCUCAGAUUCCGGCUUUUAGGGGGAGUGUACCUUUUGGAUUGAGUCCAGCAGGAGGGUUCCUUGGCUGUGUCCUGUUGUUAGGUUUGAUUUUCAGUCCCCUACAAGCAUUCAGCUUGUGAUCAGUAAGGAAGGGUUUUCAGAGGUCUGAACUUCUGCUGCUUCUAAGCUGCCAUCUUGACUCUGCCUUGAAUCAUAGGGAUUAAAAAAAAAGCUUGGAAAGCAUCUUAAAGUCCAAUCCUUUCAUUUUACAAUGAAUGAAACUGAGGUCUGGAGUUUAGGAACUGGUCCAAGGUCACACAACUAAGUUAAUGACUACUAGGAUUAGAUCCCAGGUUUCCUGAUUUAGAAGCCAAGUGGUCUUCAUGUUUUGUUUUGUUUUUAUUCAGUUAGUUGUUUCUGACUCUUCUUGACCCCAUUUGGGGUUUUCUUGGCAGAGAUACUGGAGUGGUUUGCCAGUUCCUCCUCCAGCUCAUUUUACGGAUGAGAAAAGUGAGGCAAACAGGGUUAAGUGAAUUACCCAGGGUCACACUAUUAGUAAGGGUCUGAGGCUGGUUUUAAUUUUGGGUCUUCUUGACUCCAGGCCUAGAACUCUAAUAACAUAGCCCCCUGGAUGCCUGUCUUCAUAGUAGGUAUUUAAUAAAUACUAGUUCUUUUUUCUUCUGUGUUAUUCCACUUUCCCUCCUGUUGGAAGGAAAUGUAGUUUUUUCAAACUAUUAUUUCAGCCAGUGAUAGAAGGAAGAAAAGAUAAGAAGAAUGAUGAAACUAUGCCUUGAGAAAGGAAAUGGCAGAUGUUGUAUCUCAAAAGCAAAGCAUAAUAUAAUUAUAUCUGGCACCUAAAACUUAAUGCAAUUUUAAGCUUUAAUAGUUGGAAAAGACUAUCUGGUCCAAUCCUCUCAUUAAAAGAUAAGGAACCUGAGAUUUGAUGAGUUGCCCAAGGUUAUACAGAUGAGCACCAAAGUCAGGAUUUGAACCCACAUCCUCUGACUCCACAACUAGUGCUCCUUCAUUUGUACUGGCUGCCCCCACCCUCAAUUUAUGUCUGAGGAAACUGAAUUGAUCAGCCCAAGUCACACAGGGAUCAUGUAACAGAGUCAGAAUUUGAACUCAGCUCCUUUAAUUGUUUUUGCUUGAGAUAGACACAAAUAUAUUUUACUUCUACAUGAUAUAAGUACAUUUGUUUAAAAAGAUCAUUUGUGUACCUUUGUGUGAUUUAAUAUAAAUGUUUGCAUAUAAAAAUGUUAUUUUUAAAAAUU